AUGAAGAUGAGACGCUACAAGCUCUUUCUCAUGUUCUGUAUGGCCGGCCUGUGCCUCAUCUCCUUCCUGCACUUCUUUAAGACCCUGUCCUACGUCACCUUCCCCAGGGAACUGGCCUCCCUCAGCCCUAACCUCCUGUCCAACUUCUUCUGGAACAAUGCCCCCGUCACGCCCCAGGCCAGCCCCGAGCCGGGGAGCCCCGACCUGCUGCGUACCCCGCUCUAUUCCCACUCGCCCCUGCUCCAGCCACUGUCCCCAAGCAAGGCCGCCGAGGACCUCCACCGCAUGGACUUCGUGCUCCCCGAGGACACCACCGAGUAUUUCGUCCGCACCAAAGCCGGGGGCGUCUGCUUCAAACCGGGCACCAAGGUGCUGGAGAAGCCCCCAUCGGGGCGGCCGGAGGAGAAGACGGAGGGGGGCGAUGGCUCAUCUGCCCGGGGCCCAGCCCGGCACCUGCUGAGCACCAGGGAGCGCACAGGGGGCCGGGGCACGCGGCGCAAGUGGGUGGAGUGCGUGUGCCUGCCGGGCUGGCACGGGCCCAGCUGCGGGGUGCCCACCGUGGUGCAGUACUCCAACCUGCCCACCAAGGAGCGCCUGGUGCCCAGGGAGGUGCCGCGGCGCGUCAUCAACGCCAUCAACAUCAACCACGAGUUCGACCUGCUGGACGUGCGCUUCCACGAGCUGGGCGACGUGGUGGACGCCUUCGUGGUGUGCGAGUCCAACUUCACGGCCUACGGGGAGCCGCGGCCGCUCAAGUUCCGGGAGAUGCUGACCAACGGCACGUUCGAGUACAUCCGGCACAAGGUGCUCUACGUCUUCCUGGACCACUUCCCGCCGGGCGGGCGGCAGGACGGCUGGAUCGCCGACGACUACCUGCGCACCUUCCUGACCCAGGACGGCGUGGCGCGGCUGCGCAACCUGCGGCCCGACGACGUGUUCAUCAUCGACGACGCGGACGAGAUCCCCGCGCGCGACGGCGUGCUCUUCCUCAAGCUCUACGACGGCUGGACCGAGCCCUUCGCCUUCCACAUGCGCAAGUCCCUGUACGGCUUCUUCUGGAAGCAGCCGGGCACCCUGGAGGUGGUGUCGGGCUGCACGGUGGACAUGCUGCGGUCGGUGUACGGGCUGGACGGCAUCCGCCUGCGCCGCCGCCAGUACUACACGAUGCCCGCCUUCCGGCAGUACGAGAACCGCACGGGCCACAUCCUGGUGCAGUGGUCGCUGGGCAGCCCCCUGCACUUCGCCGGCUGGCACUGCUCCUGGUGCUUCACCCCCGAGGGCAUCUACUUCAAGCUCGUGUCCGCCCAGAACGGGGACUUCCCGCGCUGGGGCGACUAUGAGGACAAGCGGGACCUCAAUUACAUUCGGAGCUUGAUCCGCACCGGGGGCUGGUUCGACGGCACGCAGCAGGAGUACCCGCCAGCCGACCCCGGCGAGCACAUGUAUGCCCCCAAGUACCUGCUACAGAACUACAACCAGUUCCGCUACCUGCUGGACAACCCCUACCAGGGGCCCAAGAGCACGGCGGAGGGCGGGCCGCGGAGCAGGGCUUCCGAGGGAAGGCCCCCCGCCAGGGCCAAGUCGGAAGCGGUGGAAGGCUGAGGUCGCAGGAUGUUCAGGGCCAGUGGCAGGGCAGGGGUGCGACAGCCCUCCUGUGAUCUUCCUGCCUCCUAACCUCGGGGGUCUUGAGAGAGAGGACCGGAAGUGGAUGCGUGGGAGAAUCUUCCCUGUCCACGCCUUUGUGGAUCAGGGGUCAGGCCUGUGACCUCAAAAACCGUCAUUCCUCAUGGUGAGAGGGGACCCUGGCCCUCUGCCCUCCAAGCGUGCUGUGCCAGGAGGUGCCGCGGACAGUGCAUGGUGGUAACUGGGUAGCAGGGGAGGGCGGGGAGGAGCUGGAGGAGCUCCUGGUGGCCCGGGAGCUGCAGCGCUGCUGGGAGAAGCCAGCCUUUGGCCCUGCAGUGGGAAAGGGCCAGCCAGGAGGUCCCCAGCUCUGUAAAUAGUUGCAUUGGGGUCCAGCAGGAAGCGGGGACGCCAGGAAAGGAGGGUACAGAAAACAGCAUCCAGCUGAGAGGUCGCCCAGGGUCCUCGGAAGUGCUGGGCCAGGAGCCGGGGGCCUCCACCCGCCUCCCCUCAGGGCCCCAGAUGCUCCUGAGCCGACGUAGGCGUGGGGCCUGGGGAGUCCUUUCAGUUCUGAACCUGGCGUUGAUGUUCCUUCUUACGUUUUAUCUUUCUGUCUAGUGGGCUCCCACUUGGCCCUUGCAAGGCCAGGAGUCCAAUUCUCAGGGUGGGAUGGGACAUCAGCCAGCCUAGUGGGUAAGACAUGGGGUGCCCACACCCCUUCCUGCCAGAAUCCCCUACCCCAGCCCUCCACUGUCUCAUGUGGAGUUACCCUGUACCCCUUCUUGGUGUUGGCUAGGGGCCAGAAAGGAGCCCUGAGUCUGCCCUGGGCCAAGAGGGCCCUUGAGGCCAGUUCUAUGUCAUCUCCUGCCUCUUAGUUUGCCCCAUGGGGGCAGGAGAUGUAUUCAUUAAAGUAGAUUCUAAGCUGCUGUAAUGAAGAGACCCCGAAAUACAGUGCUUUAAGCAAGACAGAGCUUGUGUCUAAUUUAACUGUCCAGAGGGAGAUGGUCUGGAUCGAGGAGGGCAGCUCUGCUUUCCUCAUACACCCCUUCCAGUUCUGGACAGAGCGGUUGCUCCACUUCCCACCAUCACGUGCAUCCGAGCCUGGGGGAAGCAGAGAAAAGCACAGGAAUGCACACCCUUUCCUGUUAACGGCGUGAGCCAGAGAUGGCCCAGCUGCUGCUGACCGCAUCUUGCUGGUCAGGACGUAGUCACAUGGCCACCGUAGCUGCAAGGGAAGCUGGGCCUCCACGUGCCCAGCCUCAGCUUAGUUCUCUUCUUAAAGGAAGGCGGAGCGGGUGGAUACAGGGGACAAGGAGCAUCUCUGGCACAGGGGGAGGGAAAGAGGGUAGAAAUGACUGUUGGAGUCAUAAGAUCCUCCUCUCGUAUUUGGAGCCCCUGGAACAACCUGCUCCUGCCCCCUCACUGCCAGCCCAGGGCUGGGGUGCAGUGAGAGCCUGCAGUCAUGGGGAGGAUGAGACACCCCCUCCCCAAGGCCCCAUUGGAUGCUCACCAGUGCUGCCAGGAGGCAGAGGCUGCCUGUGGAACGGUACAUGUUGGUACGCGUGUGUGUAUUUAUGGGCAUGGGUGCAUGCUUGUGUGUACUUGUAUGUGUCUGUGUCGGUGUGUCCCUGUACAUAGAUGCUUGUGUGUGGAUAUGGGAGCAGGGCCCAGACUUCUUCCCGGGAUCUGGAGCCUAUGACCAUACCUCCUGCAGCUCCCCAAAAUGACAGGCAGAAAGCCCUUGGGGAGCCUGGAAAACAAGGCUGAAGGGGAUGCAGGGUCCGUCUGUCUGUCUGUCUUUCAGUCCAAGAGAUGAGAAUCCUCCUGCCCUGAGGGCUGUGCAGCUGAGCGCCCACUACCUCCAGCCGCUCUUGGCCCCACCACAUCUUUCCACUCAGUGCCCUCUGGCCCCCAGCAGGGACUUUCUCUGGGUGUCUCCUGACGGGCCAGAGGAGGUGCCCCUAUGCCACAGCUCUGUCUGGGGGAGUUCCCGGUGUGGGCGUGGCCUGGGAGCAGCCUCUGGUGGGCAGGAAUGCAGAAGGCUGAGGGGCUCUAUUUCCUCACUCUCCUCCCUUGGAGUUACAGCAGCCACCCUCUCUGAUCCCGCGUGGGGCUGAGAAGUGGCUCAGGAAGCCAGCAGCCUGCUCGCCCCUGGACAGGCAGUGUCAGGGCUCCUGAGUCGUGCCUGAGUCCCAGCCCAGAAACCUCCCUCCUCGCCAGCUCCCUUACCCCACGCCCCUGGCUCUCCUGCGACUGCAAAUGCCGCUUCCCAGGCUGGCCUCCAGUUCACCAGCUCAGGGGCAGGGGCAGAAGAUGAAGCGAGGACCAGCCAAGCCCUGCCUUUCCGUAGACCCAGGAGGGCUGUUUGUGGUCUGCCAAGUGGAGGCCUGGCCAUUGGGUGGAGAUGGCAGCUGUCAGAGGGGUGGGGCCAAAGCAUGGGGUUGAGUUUCAAUUAUAAUCACAUCAUACACUGGGAAUUUGGGGGGUCAGGGGAGCCCUGGGCCACUCCCCCAAUGUGAAGGGAAACCGAACUGUGAAUGUGAAUACUGGUGCGCCACUGGCCCUGUCAGAUAGCCUUCCCUGGAAACACCUGCCCUGUGCCUCCAGGAGGCCCAGCCCACCCCCAGGUCAUGUCCGUUCCCAGGGACAGGUGUGGGGAGCUUUGGGGACAAAGGUGACCAUUGGGAUGGGGAGGCAGGACUUGCCCAAGCAGGUAGCAGGGCCCUAGGAAAGGUAUAAUUUAAGGACACCAUUAUUUCUUUUGUAAGGGAAAAUCAAUAUGUACAUUCUGAAAUCAUUUUCUCUGUAAAUGGUUGGAUUUCAUUUCACCCUUAAAGGGAUGUUUAAGAUAAUAUUAAUAAUAAAAACAUCUACAAAGUC